AUGAGCAAUUGGGACGAACUGCCGCCGGAGCGGAAAAAAGCUGGUGACCGAUGGUCUGCUGUGAUUGAUCCGGACAUAGACAAUAACUGGGAGAUAGACCUGCUCCAUAGUCUGACGCAUGACUGUAUUGUCAACUGUGUCCAGUUCAGUAGGGAUGGGAACUAUGUUGCGGUUGGAUGCGCGGAUGGCGCCGUACGAAUAGUCGAAGUUUCAACCGGAGCUCAGGUUGCCUGUCUACAAGACGAUGAAUACAGUCACGACAGUCUCUGUGUAAGAGUGAGGUUUUUGCCAGAUAACUAUCUUCUACUUACGGCUCAUUGCGAUGGCAAUAUCCGUAUUUGGAACUAUAUGGGGGGUCUUCUGCGACGGAUCCCUUGUGGCAGUGAAACUGGAUUCUUCACUCUAGAUCUUUCGGCCAAUGGCCACCUGAUUGCGUUUUCUGAGAGGAACAAGACUGUCCAUGCUUGGGAUCUGGACGCAGCAUCUGACAUUCGACAGCUUGGCACGCUCCACACCGCUGAUAAUGUAUAUAUCGUCGCUGUGUCUCCCGACUCGUGUUAUAUUGCUGCUGGUUGCGACGAUGGGAUGAUCUAUGUCUGGCGCGUUGCGCCGCUAGAAUCUGGUGCUGCCAGCACGAAUGGAACGCAAAUAGAGAAAUUAUUGGAGUUUCAGGCCCACGAUGAGAACGUCAUGACUCUUACAUUCACUCCAGAUGGCCGAAAUAUUAUCUCCGGCGGCAUGGAUGGAACAGCGAAGCUAUGGAAUAUUGGCUCCCUGAAAACCUUUGUCAACGAGGAUAUAACAUCCAGCGACUGUACCUUGAUAUACAAAGCUCAUAAGGAUAUGGUCUUGAGCGUCUCCCCAGAUCCCACAGGCAGAUGGCUCCUGAGCGGCUCAAAGGAUAUGGCUGUGUAUCUCUGGGACAUCGUCACUGGCGUUGCUGAGAUGCGGCUUGGAGCUCAUGGAAACUCGGUCCUCGGUAUUGCAUGGAGUCCUACGGAUAAUAUUGUAGCGACUGGAGGCGGCGAUCGCGUUCUUCGGCUAUGGCGCCUAUAUACGAUUAGUUAA